CACCUGAAACUCUUCCACAAGGAUGUGUUGAAUCACACCAUCGUACUGUUCACUGCUGAAGAUGCAUGGGAUGAAAAAAAUGUAGAAACUACAAUCAGUGAGUGGUCAGAAAUGCAAUGGAUUCUUGAGCAAUGUGGAAACAGAAAACAUGUCCUCUGUGUGAGUAACAGGGAGGACAGCAGUCAAGUCGAAAAGCUUUUUGAGAAAAUCGAGGCAAUGGUCGCUACAAAUGGAGGUCGUCACUAUCCCAUUGAUCGUGCUCAUGGAAACGCUCUGAGGGAGGAAAUGAAAGCAAUAAGUGACAGAGCAUCAAAGAGGUUUGAUGAGGUGCAGACAAACAGAAGGAAACUCAGAGCACUAAUUGAAGGUGGUAAAACCCCACCAGCACAUUUAAGACUAGUGAUGGUUGGUGCUCAGUGGUCAGCUAAGAGCUCAGCUGGAAACACCAUUCUGAGGAAAAAGGCUUUUGCUGUUCAUCACAGAAGAACAACGAUGUCCUGUGAAAUUAAUCACGGCGUUCUGGGAGAAAGGAGACUCGCAGUGGUGGAUUCUCCUGGCUGGUUCUACAACCACACCCUUCAGGACACCUCUGAGACAGAUAAACAUGAAAUAGAGAACAGUGUGUACAUGUGCACUCCAGGACCCCACGCAGUGCUCCUCGUGGUCAGCCUGGCAUCUGCAUUUAAUACAUCCUACCACAGAGCAGUCCAGGAGCACAUGAGUCUGUUUAGGGAUGAUGUCUGGAAGCACACCAUUGUUCUGUUCACUAGAGGUGAUUGGCUGGGAGUGAAGACUGUGGAAGAACGUAUAGAGAGUGAGGAAGGUCUGCAGUGGCUGAUGAAGCAGUGUGGGAACAGGUACCACGUCCUGGACAACAUGAAGCACAAUGAUGAGAUGCAGGUACAAGAUCUCCUGAAGAAGAUUGAAGAGAUGUGGGCAGGAAAUGAAAACUCACAUUAUGAAGUUGAUCCGGAUCGUGAAGCACAGCUGGAGGCCAGAAAAGAGGCAGAAGGAAAAUUAGCUAGGAGGAUCAGAAAGACCACUGAAAGACAAUCAAGAAUACUGGGAAAGUUAUUUGAAGGAGAGAGGCUGACAAUCACUGACCUGAGGAUUGUACUGCUUGGCAGAGAGGAAUCUGGGAAGAGUAUGGCAGGAAACAACAUCCUUUUUGAAGAGAUAUUUGAGAGAGUUUGGGUGAAGAAGGAAUUCGAGGACCGGAGAAGAACAGAAAAGUGUGUAAAGCAUGAAGGAAAUUUAGGUGGAAUAAAUGUUGCAGUCGUUGAGACUCCAGGCUGGCCUGCAGACACGACGGCUCCUGUCUGGCUAAAAGAAGAAGUUCUCCGCAGCGUCUCCAUGUGCGCUCCAGGCCCUCAUGUUUUUCUUUUGGUUGUUCCCAUUUCCAAAGCAUUCACAGAGGAAGACCACAAAGCACUGGUUGAGCUGUUGAUGCCCUUUGGAGAGAGAGUGUGGAGACAUUGCAUGGUGUUGUUCACCUGGGGAGACUGGCUGAAUGACAGACUCAUUGAGGAGCACAUUGCAGGAGAGGGGAAAAGCCUCCAGUGGCUGGUGGAAAACUGUGGGUACAGAUACCAUGUCCUCAACUGCCAUGGUUUGGGUUAUCAUUUUCCUGUCAAACUGCUCUUCCAAAAAAUCACUGACAUGAUCACACGGAACAAGGAACAAUGCUUCACUGCUGAAAGCAAACAAGGGAAAAAACACAAACUGCCCUGGCGAUCAAGACAGUCUGUGCUGACAGAAGAAGAGUGGAACAGGAGGGAGCAAGAGCUGAUAGACCGAAUGUUGAGAGCUGUUGUAAAUGAACCAGAAGAGCCAACACAACCAUUUGUGAAGCGAGGAGCCAGCUUGGAUGGAGUUUUCAUUCCAAGCAUGAGCGGAGACGCUCCCUCCGAGUUUGGGAACAUGUCAGAACUUUUUAAUCAAAGAGCACGUGCCAAAGUGUCUGAAUGGCUGAAGACCAGAGCUGGAAACUCUGAUGUCACCUCGGGGAUUGGCAGCAUGAGCGCCUCAGCCAGUCAUGUGGAUGAAAGUCCUCUGCCUGAUGAAAAUGAUUAA